AUGCAGGCACCCGGAGACCCCGCGGCCCGCCUAGAAGAUACCUGCGCGGUGGCGGCAUCGACUAUGGCAAUGGAGGCGGAGGCGAGGCGCCUCUCCUCCUAUGCCAUCGUGCUUGGGCAGUGGAGAGGCAGAGGCGAGACGGAGCCUAAGGAGGUGGAGAAGGCGCUCCGUAGAUGCUUCGGGGUCCUAGAAGGUGACGUCGUUGUUUCCUGUCAUCGACCAGAGAACUUCCUCGCCGUCUUCAAGUACCCCCACCACCGAGAUGUCGCGGUGACCAAGGAGAAACUUCCGGUGCGCAACCUCGACUUCUGCAUCUGGCCAUGGCGGAUAGAAGCCUAUGGAGACCACUGUGAGCUGCGCCAUCAUGUGCGUCUCUGCCUGGAAGGAGUUCCCGUCCUUCCCGUCCACGCUUGGAACGAGAGCAUCGCUAAGCGGGUGGUGGCGAGAGCGUGCGACAUCGACUACGUGGAGCAGCAAUCGGUGGACCGGGAGGACACCAGGGUGCUAUGCCUCUGGGCGUGGACCUGCAAUCCCUCCGAUAUCCCCAAGGACACUCGAAACAAGGGCUGCAGCUUCUUCAAAUGCCCUAGAAACGGGCUCUGUAGCUUCUAUAGGUUCCAGAAGGCUUAUUUUGAUGAAUUGGUCGACAAGAAGAUCAUCAGGAUCUGCUGCGAGGAGAUUGAGGAACUGGUGGAGGAGGGAGGAGAAGAGCACAGUGAAGGCGCCCAUCUGGGGGUGGAGGGCUUGAAGGACCUGAAGACUGAGGCACUGGAGAAGAAGCUUGAGAAGAUGAUGUCAAAAAUGAACUAUGUCAUUGUUUGUCUUGUGGUUGUUGUGUUUGGAGUAGUUUUCAAAUCUAUGAUGACCUGA